AUGGGUGGUCAACUUUAUCGAAGCUCUUGCUCGAUCUCAAUAAUUUUACUUAUUACAACAUUUUGGAGUACAGUUGAGGGUUUUAACUCAACUGGUAGUAAUAGUAACUUGUUUUUGGCACUUAAAUUGGAGUCUAAAACAUUUCCUGGACGUAAUUCAGGGCUCUCACGCACUUUGUGUGAAGGGAGGCUGACGCCAUGUUGCAAGCUUCGAAGCGGUAUAUUGCUAACAAGAUCAACUCUAACCGCUAUUUAUUUAAUACUAUUAGCUGGUAAUGUCAGCUUGAAUCCUGGGCCUGUACAGUCAGUAGAUGAUCGAAAAGAUAAGAUGACAUUUUGGUCUUUCAAUGCUCGAAGUAUCGUGAAUAAAGAGAGAGAAUUAAGGACUCGAUUGUCAUCUUAUGAUUAUGGCGUGAUUGCCGUGACAGAAACCUGGCUAGAUUCUUCGAUUAACGAUGGUGAAAUCUUUCCUAGUUCCUAUCAAGUUAUUAGGAAAUACCGGUCAAGAAGCGGGGGUGGAAUAUUACUAGCAUGCAGUCAUCAUUUGAGUGUUAGAAGACGUCUUGAUUAUGAAACCGAAUGCGAAGUGCUCUGGUGCGAGGUUGUCAUACCAAAUCCGCUUACAACCAUGCUAGUGGGAGUUUUUUAUCGGCCGCCGUCGACAGACUUGAACUAUAUGCAAGAACUGGAAAAAUCUUUAUCGAUGAUUGAACGUAAUGGGAAAAACUUAACACUUGUAUUACUUGGAGAUUUUAACUUCCCAAAUAUUAAUUGGUUCGCUCCGUCGCCUUCGACUUUAUGCAGCGACGGUACUUCUGCAUAUUUUUGUGACAUGAUCGAUGACAACUUUUUACAUCAAAUGAUAAAUGUACCUACUCGAAAAGGUAACAUUCUUGACCUUGUCCUUGUAAAUAAACCAGAAUUAAUGCUUUGGUCAAACGUUUGUGAAGGCUUAGCUAACUCUGAUCAUGAUUCUAUUGAAUUUGCACUGAAAGUUAAGAUUGCUCGCCGUAAAUGUAGUCCCAGACUAGUAUACGAUUAUAAAAAUGCUGACUGGGACGGUUUAAAAGAGGAUUUUAGAAAUAUCCCAUGGAACUGUAUUGACUUGGUAUCGGAUAUUGAGGUUGUUUGGAGUUCGUGGAAGAGUUUGUUUUUCAAAGCUGUUGAACGUAAUAUCCCUUCCAAAUUCCUUUCGUCUAAGCGGAAUGUUCCUUGGUUUAACUCGGACAUUAGGAAAUUAAUUCACAAAAAACAAAGGCUAUGGAAAAUAGCGAAAUCCUCUGGGAGUCCUAAUAAAUGGUCCAAUUAUAAAAAAUUGAAUAAUGAA